CCCUAUAUAUAUAAAUAUAUAUAUAUAUAUAUAUCAUGCAACAUAACAAAGAAGGCAACUUUGAUAAGACUACGUAUAUGUUGAUUCACUUUCUCGUGGAUUGGGGACUGUUGCGAUCCGCAAGAAAGUCCGUGAGAUCAUUUGCCCAAUCAGUUGCAGCUUCUGCAGAUAAUUAACAACUACCAGAUCAUCAAUGGCGGAAACCAGAAAUUUUUCAAAGCUUCACAUCGCCAUGUUUCCAUGGUUCGCCUUCGGUCACAUGAAUCCGUUUCUCCAUCUCGCCAACGAGCUCGCCAAGCGAGGCCACCAGAUCUCCUUUUUACUCCCCAAGAAAGCCCUCCUCCAAUUGGAAUCCGCCAAUCUCUACCCAGAUCUCAUCACUUUCCACGUCGUCGCCGUCCCGCCAGUGGACGGCCUCCCGCCGGGCACGGAGACGGCGUCCGAAAUCCACCUCUCCGCCACCGCCCACCUCGCCACCGCCAUGGACCUCACCCGCGACCAAGUCGAACAACUCUUAACCCAACUCAAACCCAAUUUCGUGUUCUUUGAUUUCGCUUGUUGGGUGCCGGAAUUAGCUCCCAAGAUUGGCUUCAAAUCUGUAGUUUACAGUGUGGUUUCUGCCGCGUCGAUCGCGAUAGCGUUAGUCCCUGCACGGAACGUUCCCGAGGACCGGCCGGUGACGGAGGCCGACUUGGCGGAGCCACCCCCGGGGUACCCUUCUUCCACGGUGGUGCUCCGCCGGCAUGAAGCUCGAGCCUUGACGUUCAUAUCGAAGGACUUUGGAAGCGGGAGAACCUUCUACGGCCGCACUGCAACCGCCAUGAAAGAAUGCGACGCAAUCUCUUUCCGGACUUGCCGAGAAAUGGAAGGCCAAUUCUGUGACUACAUUGGAACCCAGUACAACAAGCCCGUGAUCCUGACCGGACCCGUCUUGCCGGCGCUGGGAAAGUCUCCUCUGGAAGGCCAGUGGGCGGAAUGGCUAGCCGGGUUCAGACCCGGAUCCGUUGUUUUCUGCGCAUUUGGCAGCCAGUGGAUCCUCGAAAAGCGCCAGUUCCAGGAGAUGGUUCUAGGGUUCGAGCUAACCGGCUACCCAUUUCUCGUCGCCGUGAAGCCGCCCGCGGGGGAAGCCACGGUGGAGGAAGCCCUGCCGGAGGGGUUCGAAGAGCGAGUCAAAAGCCGCGGCCUGGUCCACGGCGGGUGGGUCCCGCAGCCGGAGCUUCUAAGCCACGGAUCGGUCGGCUGCUUUGUCACUCACUGUGGAUUUGGGUCGAUGUGGGAAUCUUUGAUGAGCGAUAAGCAGAUAGUUCUGGUGCCGCAACUGGGGGAUCAGAUCUUGAAUUCGAGGAUUCUGACGGAGGAGCUGAACGUGGCGGUGGAGGUGGAGAGGGAUGAAGAUGGGUGGUUCUCGAAGGAGAGCUUGAGCAAGGCUGUGAAGUCGGUAAUGGAGGAAGACGGCGAGGUGGGUAGCUUGGUCCGACGAAAACAUGCCAGGUGGAGAGAAACCCUAGCGAUCCAUGGCUUCAUGGACGGUUACGUUGACAGGUUCUUAGAGGAGUUGCACGAGCUAUAGUCAUAUGAAUGGCACCAAUAAAUUUGCAAUAAUUAUGUCUUUCGUGUCUUUUCAUUCAUUUCAUCAUAUUAGUUAUAGAAAAAUAAUUUUUAAUCCAAUCUCAUUCAACCUUUUAUCUUUUAAAAAUGAUUAAUUAGGAUGUUUGAUCCAAC